AUGGCGGACAGUAGUGUGGGAAAUGCUGGUAUGUAUGAAUAAUUCAUAUUUUAAUAUAUUUGGUAUGUUUGAAUAAUUCAUAUUUUAAUAUAUUUUUAAAUUUUAAUCUAAAAAAGUCUGUCUGAUGAACAGCUAAAAAUGCAGAUAUUUUAUUUCAAAGAACAAAACAGCAGUAGCGAGUCUCGCGCAUUCGCCGCAUUGCGAUGCGGCAAUUGUCGCAAACAUCAGACUAUAAAAUUGUAUUAAUUAAUACUUAUUUAUAUAAAUACAGAGAGUAAAAUCAUACAUAAAAUGUAUCCAAUUGAAUUACUAUAAAUCCAAAUUAUUAAUCCAAAAUGUAUGUGUGAAUCAAUGUAUCUAAUAGUACUAAAUACUAUUUGUGUUAUACUGCUGAAUUGUGCACGGGUUGAAAUUUAAUUACACUACUCUACUAUAUUCUGCAGUGAAACUUAUGUCUCAAAUAUCAGCAACAAGAAGAAGAGCAUUGGGCUAGUAUUCCAAAGGUCGUAGGUUCGAAUCCCACCAUGGCCGGGCAUAUUUUUCAAGCUUGCCCGGUGUGGAUAUACACUCAGAGUAACACCACAAAUAUCAUAUUCACCUGAGUACACUACACCAACACAGAACAAAUUCAUAUUACUAGAAUACAUUGGUAUUGAAGGAACUAGAUUCUGUUCCGAAAUAUCACUCACUCGAACCGUCCUGACCGCGUAGCUCAGUUGGAAGAGCAUUGGGCUAGUAUUCCAAAGGUCGUAGGUUCGAAUCCCACCGUGGCCGGGCAUAUUUUUCAAGCUCGCCUGGUGUGGAUAUACACUCAGAGUAACACCACAAAUAUCAUAUUCACCUGAGUACACUACACCAACACAGAACAAACACUAGCUAGUUGUAAAUAUUAGGCUCUUAGAUGUAAUAUUUCAACAAGUAAUUGUUGUUCCCCUUCCCUGGUCUAAAAAUAGGCAAGUGUGUUAAGUUAGGAAAACUCCUCACAUCUUUGUUGAUGUUGCAUGGCCUUUAUAGUUGUUGAGUAUACGAUUCUUAUCCUGGUGUAUGAAAAGGAUUGCUGACGCUACUAUUUGGCCUGUUCAUCAGUUUAUAGCGAAGUUUAAAAUGUGACAACUUUGCACACAUUUAUUGAAUACAUAUGCCAGGAUAAGAAUUGUAUAUGACUAGUCAUAUUGUGUAGAUGGACCUUAAUGCAUAUAUCAAAGGCCUGCCCGGGGGGGGGACACUCCGGGACUUUGAAAAAACAUGAUUCUAAUAUGUUAAUUCCCCCUCUCUCCCCCGGGAAAUGUGUAAGUCAAACUGCCCUCCCCCUGGGGCUUAGAAUAAAGUAGUUCAUAAUAUAAAUAGCAUACAAACAAUUAAAAAUUAUCAUAUAAACUGGGGUAUCACACUGGCACUCAUGUAUUCUGUAUUUAUUUAUUCAAAUUUUAGUAAGACCACUACAACAUAUCAUAUAUAAAUAAUAACUUGGCGAUCAAUAGUUUUCUCCGUGAGCCUGCGAUUAUGACUUUCCACCAAUUGUGCAGUUCAUUUAUAAAAUUCAAAUUGUCACAUCAAAGUCCCCUACUUCCCCUCCCCCCGUCAUCCUAUUAUGGCAAAGUUUGUAAUUUCCCUGGAGUUCACGGGCAGAAUACACAGAUAAAAUACCAAAUUCCCCCUUGUUCCCCCCAGGCAGGCUGUUGAUAUGUGCAUAACUGCGCACCAUGAGCCUCGAUCUGCUUUGAAUUGGGCAACAAUACCCUGUGGGUUUUGGUAAUAUUUUUGUAGGCAGAUACAUGCAGCAGUUAUAAAUGCAUGGGUAUAAGGGAUUUGUUCCACUAUUUUAUAUCUUUGCAUUUCACAUUUAUGUAUUUUGGUGGAAUGUUGUGCAGUUGUUUUUCAACUUCUUUUAGACCUCCUUAAUUGAAAAUAUACUGUAAAUAAGAUACCAUGGUUAGAAUUUGCAGUUGUCAUCAUUAGGGAAAUUUAGGCAUGUUAGGGUUUGUAAUCCAAGUGAGAAUAUAUACAUUUUAAAACCUAACAAGGCAAGAAUCUAAGUUAAAUUUAGGCAUGCCCAUCUUAGCAGAGCAUGCAUACAUUGUACAUGCUGACGUGUACAGAACAUUAUUCAAUUAAUGUGAUGAAAUACUAAAUUAUUUCUAAAUAUAGUCGGCAAAGUUUUUAACCCAUUGGUAGAAUUUUGAGGUUAAGCAAAGGCAAAAGGCCUCCAAAACAAGAUUGGGUGACUCACAGUUUGAGCCAUAUUUUACUGCAGAUAGAUCAAACAAAGUUAAACAAAAAUCUCAAAAACAUGGCCAUUUCUCUGUGUGAUUUCUAAUCAUGCACUGCAAGUGCAUUUUAACAAUUAUUAGAUUAUAAUAUUUAACUUUGUUUAUAGAUAACGGAAAACGUACUGCGAAGAGACCUCUCUCAUUAAAGGUUUAGUUAUUAUAUUGUUUUGCAUGAAAACAUAGAGUCGAUCUCCCAUUGUUUGAUAAAUUACACUGUAUGCAGUUGAAUAUGAAGUAAAGUACCUAUAAUAAUAAACAUAACCAAAAUGACAUCCAGUUAUUGAUUUAUAUGCAACUCCAGCUUUAUUAUGCUGAAAAAUCUCAAUAAAAACUGCCGAAGCAACCGAAAUAUUUCAAUAUUUACAAGUUUAAGCAUCACUCCGUGUUUACACAGCCAUCAUUUUGAUUUUUUCAGCAUAAUCAGCAAUAUGAUACUUUUAAUAGAUUAAUUUAAAUUGUUCCUUUUGACUUGGGGCAAUAAUCCACCUUUACUUUGAUGAACUAUAUGACCCUGCCACAUAAGCAAAUUUGCACAUUUUCUGACAACUUUUGUGGCAUGCUAGCAAAUAUGUAUACACAUGCGCAAACUAAAAAGGGAAGUAAACAUACAGGAAAGGACGAAUCUGAUCAUUUUUUGUAUAUAUGGGAAGUAUUAAUUUAGAUGUUGUCAGUUCAAUGAAAAUAAUGCCUGGUCGUAUCGGCAGGAAAAUAUAGGGCCUAAUAAGCAUGUAUAUUUUUGUCAAUGCAGGUGUGUUUUGCACAUGUUAAAUUGAUUGAUUGAUUGAUUGAUUGACAUCUUUAUUUAAAACACCAGGUCCAUUUCACAGGUUAUGUUAUGUGCUCUUCAAUGGAGACGUGUACCUAUACUAGUAGACGUGUACCUAUACUAGUAAUUGGCAAGCUUAAGUUUGCAACAAACUUGGGAACCGCACGAAACCGCGCGUUGAAAAGUGACUUGAAAUUGACAAUAAUAUUGCUGCGAAGAAAUUAGAAUAUGCAAGUACUGCAAGCUAACAAGAACUUAACUACGAAGUGGAACAGUGGCUCAAAGUCCGCUAUAAAGUGAUAUAUUAUACAAGAGGAAAACUCUUGCUUGUCAAUAUUUGGCACCACAAUUUUUUCUACUAUACAAACGGAAUACUGUGAUCAUGAAGUUUACUAUUCCGUCAGGCAUUUUAGUAUAUUCAGAAUAGCGGGAAUUUUGACCCCUGAUAUUUUUACUACGAGGCUACAAAAGUUGUCAGAAAAUAUGCAAAUUUGCUUAUGUGUGGCAGGGUCAUAUUUUUCAUCACAUUAAAGGUGGAUUUAUUGAACAUAACUUGGGGGAAUUAUGUGUUAUAGGUAUCAGCAUGCUAAUUCUAUAGCCCAAACAGUUAAUUCAUUUGGUAACCUAGAUAUAACAAAACAUUUUCUCUUAUGGACUGUAACUAAAACUUUUGCAGGCCUGUGUAAAUAAAACUUUCCAUGCUUGACUCGACUUUUAACCCUUAAUAUUGCAGAUCAGUAUUACAGGGCUGGUAUUUGCUCAGCUUUUGUGCAAGUACCUGUAAUACAGUGGUGUAGUGGGGUGGGGAUGGGGGUCUUAGCUAGGAGGGCUGAGUUCCCUUGCUAAAACUUCAUGUUGACUUGGGGGGGCUUCCCAGGCAGAAAUUUUCAUAUUUUCUGAACCCCGCUUUCCCACUGGGUGAAAUUGCUUGGAGGAAGGGAAGUUCACCGCGUUGUAUUUUUUCACGGCAAGUUUUUUUCGCUAACCAAUCAUGUAGCAAUUAGUAGAAUAAACUACAACAAAAUAUAGAAUUUACUGCAAAAUAUCAUAUUGUAACACCCCCACCCCCCGCCAAUCCAGGACACUUUUGGAGAGCCCCUUUGUUAUCAUUCCAGGACUAAACCACUGCUGUAAUAUUAAGAGUAUUUUAAGCAAGCACACUUUUAAUCCAACAUCAAAGUUAAUUUAAUGUUUAAUUUUUAAAAUCUUAAUCUCAUUGUAGAAAUGUUCAGAAUGUGGUCUUGCACAACCUGUGGCAAAGAGAAAAUGUUCUAGCGUUGAAUGUGGUGCAAUUUUUAAAAGAAAAGUGAAAAAUACCACUGAAAUACUUAAAAACAAGGGGGAAACAAAUCCUACUGAUCAAAAAAAAAUGAUGGAGUCACGGGUAAGAUGAAAAUAGCAAAGCACAAAUUUGAUGGACAUACCACUUUGAAAUAUGGCGUCAAUUGUUAACAGUACAUUGUGUAACACAACAACUGUAUAUAUAUAUAUAUAUAUAUAUAUAUAUAUAUAUAUAUAUAUAUAUAUAUAUAUAUAUAUAUAUAUAUAUAUAUAUAUAUAUAUAUAUAUAUAUAUAUAUAUAUAUAUAUAUAUAUAUAUAUAUAUAGUUUCGGGUUGUCUGUCUCUACCGCUUUUUAGAUUAUUUCUAGUAGGCUAGCUAUUGACUGUAUGAUCAGGCCAAUAUUACACAAACGUAUAUUCGACAAACGAUAUAGUUUGUUCUUGCGGAUUAUGCGAUUUACAACGUCGUGUUAUACUAUCUGGUAGUAUUUACUGUUCGAGCUGUAUUUCAAAAUCAUAUGAUACGCAAUUUUAUUAUGUGGAAGUAGAAUAAAUUAUGUCCGUAAUUUCUGCCAUGAUUUUCAUACACGCACUAUUUCUGUGAUGCUUUACUGUAUGCUUGAUUUGCUUUACUUUACUUUACUUUACUUUACUUGCCUUGUUUUGCUUUGCUUUACUUUACUUUACUUUACUUUACUGUGUUUUGCUUUGCUUUGCAUUACUGUGUUUUACUGUGUUUUACUUUGCUUUACUUUACUUUACUUUACUUUACUUUACUUCACUUUACUUUACUUUACUUUACUUUGCCUUUGCCUUUGCCUUUACUUACUUUACUUUACUUUGCUUUGCUUUGCUUUACUUUACUUUUUACUUUACUUUACUUUAAGAAUAACAUUUCUAUAUAGCAAGUUUCCAUGUGGAUAUGAUCAAAUGUGCUUUACAUCGAGUAUUACGCUUAUACGUAAUUACAUACUUAGCCUAGGCUUUUUAUCAUCACAACAAUUAUGAUAUUACUUUCCUAACUAUGUUUAUCCUAACCCACCCUAUGUGUUACUUUACGUUACUGUAACUUUACUUUCUGUAACUUGUUUUAACUACUUUAUCAAGGCAGAUAUAUUAAAUCACAAACACAACUGUGAUAUCGUUAUACUAACCCAUAAAAGGCAUGGAUUGGGUUACACCAUUUCCACUUAUGGAACAGAAGGCUUGGCUCAAAUGUUUAUCGGAACCAAUUCCUCUGAUCGAUCUGAAGAAGGACAAGCUAUUGUCACCCUUUUUGAUCGAUUUAUGUCAGGUAAACGCUUAAUUUUAGAUAAGACAUACAGUCUUUACAGAUAUAUAAAUUAGAGGCACAAACGAAAUUUCCGCCAGUCAUAUAGGAUCGGAUCGGACUAUAGGAAACUUGUAUGGAAGUCGCCUCGGAUCCUAUAUCCGAUUUCAAAUCGACGGACCAGCGUGAAUUUAUGUGUGAAGGCUGAAGCGUUCCCUGCAAUUCGGUUCUAAUUUCUACUGGCAGUCUUGCAAUUUUCAAUUAGCACUUUCCCAUGUGAGUGUAGUGCAACCUGUCUAUUUACACGAACAUAUAUUUUAUGCUUACGCGGGAAAUAGAUUUAUCAUGCUGAAGGAAAAUAUGUAUAUAUUUAUUUCUGUUCGGAUUUUUACCGAUCGGAUUGGAUCAGUGUAAGCUAAGUACCCAAACGUUACUUUAAUUAAGAUCUACAUUUUUAUGUCUGAUAUCUAAUUCUAAAAAUUACACGGAUUGAAUAUCUAAAACACUAAAUACCGAAUUAUUGAAAUGAUUGAAUACCUAAUCAAUCUCCUUACUUCAGGUGAUAACUAAAUUACGAUCAUGGAACCGAGUUUUAACUGAAAUGAUUCAUAUAGCCUGGAUGCAGUGGGAAAAUUUGUUUUUAAUCUUCUAAGACUGUAAGUGUAAAUACUCUGAAUAAUUCGGGCUUAUCAAUUUUAAAGACGUAUUGUUUCACCCAACAACACAUAUCUUAUACUUAUUGAACAUAAUCCAUGUAAACUAAAAGUAUGAAAGAUAAUCACAUAUUUCCCGUAUAUAUUAAUUGUAAUCUUUUGCAGAAAGUUUGAGACCUAAAUCAAGGUACCCAGAAAGGUACCCAAAAAUUUUUCUUACCUCUGAGUCAAACUCGAGCUCUUGGCUAAUCCUUCAAAAACUCAUUAAUAAUUCAUGAAACAAUUAUCCAAUCUUGAGUAAGAAAUUAGUCACGUGCAUACGUCUUUAUACCAGCAAAAGAACACUUUAACAAAAGACCAUUGUUAUGCAAACUAUAUAAAGAUUUUUAUAUAAAGAUUUUUAUAUAAAGAUUUUUAUAUAAAGAUUUUUAUAUAAAGAUUUUUAUAUAAAGAUUUGACUUAUUAUGCAUACGUUUUUGAAGUCUUUUAAAAAACUCGCGGGUCGUGUUUUAUUAGGUCUAAAGCAGGGCGCUUAUAUACCAUAUAUAAGCGCCCUGGUCUAAAGCCACUCGUGCUGCGCGCUCGUGGCUUUAAACCUAAUAAAACACUCCUGCUCGUUUUUUAAAUAGUACUUAAAAAACUCAUUAAUAAUCCAGGACACAAAGAAAAAUCAUAAGCGUGUCGUAUCUUUAUAUGUGAUAAAAAAUCAUGUUAAUUUACAUAAACUUUAGCUUUGAUUUUCUCGGUUUAGACAAAGGUUAUUUUAAAAAUUACUUCGCUAAUGUACUCAUCAGAAGAUGAGUCGUUUUUUAAGCCAUUUAAAGCACUUGUAUAAUCGUGUUUUUUCAGAUAUAAAACGCUCGGCUGCGCCUCGCGUUUUAUAUCUGAUAAAACACUCCUACGCGUGCUUUAAAUAGUACAUAUAGUAUAUUCAAAUUUGUAAUCGAAAAAAGACGCCAUUUGUAUUAUUAUCUCAUAACGUUUGUAGCAUAUAUUGUUUGGGACGACCAAAACGUCCAUUUUGUCUCUUUCAAACCAGCUGGAUGAAAUCAGGUUUUUAGAUUUUGAUGUCUGGUUGCAAAUCCAACUAGCUAUAAAAUUUUAAUAAUUCUGUAUCGAUGUAUCUGUAACCCAGCUAUUGUGGCUAUACCAAAUCAAAAUAUAAUAGGCAGAAUUUCGGGUGCGAGAAGAAAGUACCAAGCAGUGAAGUAUUAACGUAUAUGAUUUCAAUAACCAUUAUCUGCAUUAACUGAAUUUUCGCGACCUGUGAUUACGAAAGCGAAAUUUUAUUCUAUACAGUUUAUUUGAAAGUAGAUUAUUUGUUUUCUGGUAAUAUGGGCCUAGCUGUCAACAACUUAUGUCGCACCUAUCCAAUGAUUUUGUCACAUUUUUGUUUCAAAACGUCUGGGGGUUAUUUUCGAAAGCUGGUUAGCUUAAUCCUACAACUAUACCUUAAUCAAAAACCAUUGUUACGGUGUCAUGGAUACACAGUGUCAUAAAUAUAUUUUUAUUGUUUAAUUUGCAAGGAAAGUUCACAAGAAUACAUUUGUCCUUUCUCUGCUAGCCGCUACGCAGGCUAGAAUAAAUGGAAUUUGCGCAAAAAAACAGAAUGAAAAUUAGGAAAUUUAAAGCACUAUGCUUUUUCCAUUUACGUGCACGUCAAGGUUGCCUUUCAGUUACGUUUUCAAGGUUUCACAGAAUUAAUUCAAGUGUGAUACUGUAGUUCAAUGGUUCGUGGCUGUCAAUCUGUGAAUUAUAGUUUCAACUUGAUUGCUAUAAUUUGGAUCAAUAAAGCAUAAAUUUUGCAACAGGAGGAGCUCAGCUGAUCAUAUUGAAACUAUUACUGCGAUAGCUAAAGUGAAUAACGCUCAUCUACGGUUAACCAAUCAUAUUGAGAAUAUACGAAUGGAAUAUAGGAAUAUAUGAAUGGAAUAUAGGAGUGGGAGUGGCUAUAGGUAAAAUGUUUUUAUUCCUAAUUAGUUUGAAAUAAUUUUGUACAUUUAGUGCAAAAGAACAAAAAAAAGGAAGAUCAAAAACGACAGAUGCAAGAGCGAAGAGAGGAACAACAACAACAACAACAACAGCAACAACAACAACAACAACAGAUGCAACAACAUGAGCAGCACCAACAACAGAUGCAACAGCAAUCACAGAUGCAAAAACCACAACAACAGAUGCAACAACAACAACAGGUGCAACAACACGAACAACAAGAACGGCAGAUGCAACAGCAACAACAAGAACAACAGAUGCAACAACAAGAGCAACACCAACAACAGAUUCACGAUCAACAACAACAGGAACAACAAUCACAUAUGCAACAACAGCAACAACAAUCACAGAUGCAGCAACAACAACAAUCACAGAUACAACAAUCAAAAGCCCUGCUAAACCAGCGACAGGAACCAGAACAGCUGCAGCAGCAACGGCAUCAACAAUGCCAAAGGCGACAGGAAGAAGGACAUCAGCCACAAGAACAACAAACACCACCACCAGUAGACCAACAACCUGUACGCUAUAUGAAAUUGGCUGUACCAAAUCAAGGUUACGUUCCAAAUCAUGGUAAGCACUUGUUCUGGUAAAGUUGUACUUUUUAUUUUAAGCAUACUGUUUUCAAAUUUCAAAAAUAAUUGUUAACCUUUUUUAUUGUUAGGCGACAACGUUCUGGUUUUAGGAAAACAGAAUGGAAAGGCAACGUUAUUUGGAACUGCCACUGUUAUACCUGGUAGACAACUGCAUUUUCGCCAAAUGAGGGACAAUUCAUCCAAAGUUGCCUUUUCAGCAUUGAGUGUAAAAGAUGGUACACCAUUCUAUUCGGACAAGCAUGGAGAAGACAAUCUUGCUGUAGGACAGCUAUAUGAAUGGCCAAACACUUACUUAUUUCCAAUUAAUAAUCCUAAUCAAUAA